CAGUCUCUUCCCACGGCCAAACUUUCGCUCUCUCUCACCCCAGCGUCUUCAGGGAGAGAUUUUCAGCCGAUCCGAAAAAAGAAGAGAAAAGAGAGAGAAACCCUAGAUUUUCCAGCAAGGGCUCGAAGAACCGACGCAACAGGCGGAGGAAAAACGCAAAAGCCCUAGAUUUCUUUUUCCUCUCUCCCCUUCAGACAGAGAUGGGGAAGAAGCAGCACAGCAAAGAUCGGAUGUUCAUCACCAAAACGGAGUGGGCCACGGAAUGGGGCGGGGCCAAAUCCAAGGAUUUAUCUGCACCCUUCAAGCGCUUGCCCUUCUACUGCUGCUCUCUCGUAUUCACUCCGUUCGAGGACCCUGUCUGUACAAGCGACGGCAACGUGUUUGAUGUAAUGAAUAUAAUCCCUUAUAUAAAGAAAUACGGGAAGCAUCCGGUCACGGGAGCUCCUCUCAAGGAAGAGGAUCUCAUCCCACUUAACUUUCACAAGAACUCUGAGGGAGAGUAUCAUUGCCCUGUUUUGAACAAAGUCUUUACUGAAUUUACACACAUAGUUGCUGUCAAAACUACAGGGAACGUGUUCUGUUACGAGGCAAUUAAAGAGUUGAACCUGAAAACCAAAAAUUGGAAGGAACUCCUCACAGAUGAACCUUUCACGAAAGAGGACCUGAUAACAAUCCAGAACCCAAAUACUAUUGAUAGCAAGGUCCUCACGGAUUUUGACCAUGUCAAAAAUAGCUUGAAACUUGAUGAUGAAGAUUUACGGAAGGGUGAGGAUCCAUCAAGUGACAUAAAUGUUUCAGGAGAUAUCAAGCAGAUGCUACAAGAGCUUGGAACUGAGAAGGCGAAACAAACUGCAUUGCAUGGUGGUGGUGGCAGCAAAGCGCAAAAUGAAAGAGCCGCUGUACUUGCUGCCAUUUUAUCAUCAAGAUCUCGCAUCAAAGAAGACUCCAAAUCCAGCUCUAAUCCCGGGCAGUCAUUCAGCAUUGUAGAUGCUGCAUCUGCAUCAGUACAUGGAAGAAGCGCAGCAGCAGCCAAAGCUGCAGCUAGUGAUAAGACUGCUGCUCGAAUUGCCAUGCACAUGGCGGGAGAACGCAUGCCUGUGAAUGCAAAAAUGGUAAAAAGCCGUUUUACUACAGGGGCUGCAUCACGAUCCUUUACUUCUACUUCGUUUGAUCCUGUCACCAAAAAUGACUUUGAAUAUGUUAAAGUUGAAAAAAAUCCAAAGAAAAAAGGCUAUGUCCAGUUGCAUACAACACAUGGAGAUUUGAACAUAGAGCUGCAUUGUGAUAUAACUCCAAGGACGUGUGAGAACUUCAUCACCCUCUGUGAACGUGGCUAUUAUAAUGGAAUAGCUUUCCAUCGAAGCAUCAGGAAUUUCAUGAUUCAAGGUGGUGAUCCAACUGGUACUGGAAAAGGAGGGGAGUCUAUUUGGGGAAAGCCUUUCAAGGAUGAGCUCAACUCAAAAUUGCUUCACUCGGGAAGAGGAGUUGUCAGUAUGGCAAAUAGUGGCCCCCACACUAAUGGCUCCCAGUUUUUCAUCCUGUACAAGUCUGCAAAUCAUCUGAACUUCAAACAUACGGUAUUUGGUGGAGUUGUCGGUGGCUUGACGACCCUUGCAGCAAUGGAGAAGGUCCCGGUUGAUGACGAUGACCGGCCUUUGGAAGAGAUAAAGAUAACAAGUAUCACGGUAUUUGUCAAUCCCUACACAGAACCAGAUGAAGAGGAAGACAAGAAGGGUGAAGAUGAGAAAGUUGCUGACGAGGAUAAUGAAAAGGUGGGAUCAUGGUAUAGCAACCCAGGCAUGGGGAUGAUGGCUUCCACAACUAAUGGUAAUGGAGUCGGCAAGUAUUUGAAAGCUAGGAAUGCCCAAGCCCAAGCCCAAGCCCAAGCCACUGUUGAUACAGCGCUGGAGGCAAAUGGCUUCAGCAAGAAAAGGAAAGUAGGUGCCUCAAAGGUGGAAUAUAAGGAUUUUUCUGCCUGGUAAAGAGUCACCAAUGCUGUCGGAGAGCCGCAUGUGAGAAGCCAAAUGCUUUUGCAGAGGCAAUCACAUAUUGUAACAUAUUCAACACUUUUAGAGUAAGCUUUUGAAACCGCACAUAUAAGGAUUU